AUGAAAAACAACUGUAAUGAAUCAUACGAUGAUAAAAAGUCAAAACCAAAUAACAUUCAAAUAAACAAUGAUAAAAAGAAGUUUGAUGGGGAUGAAAAAACUAACAGUGAGAAGCAUGUUAUAAGAAAAAGAUUGGUGAUGAACGCAUUGUUGGGACUAAUGAAAAUUAAAUAUCCUGAUUGGGAUAAUGAAGACACAAAGAUAAGAGCACAUAAAACAACUUUUCAAAAGAAUGUCCUUUUGGAUGUUUUUAAAAUUACUAAAUUUCCUGCUAGAGAAACCAGAGAAGAUUUAGCUAUUUUACUUAAACAAACUACACGAGGCAUACAAUUAUGGUUUCAAAAUCAAAGAAAUAAAACAGUUGAAGAUAAAAAUGAAUUGAGAUUUGAAAAAGAAGGUAAAAAAACACUCACUACAACAGAAUUACUUUAUAUAUUUGAGGGAAACCUAACUGGCAUAUACAAAAAGAUAUGGUUCAAUCUAACUGGUAACUUUCUUAAAAAAUAA